GCCGAGGCUGGCAGGCAGUGGCGACAGGGAAGGACCGGAGCGACGGACCUUUUGUUGGAAAUACCGAGAGAACACUAUAAACUCGGACGAAAACGAAGGGAAUAUAAAUUUCUGUUUGAGGUUUGGAUUUUCCAAACGGACUAAAAUCUCGCUAACGUUCAAUGUUAGCUGGAAGUUUUCGAGUCGAGCAGGGAUGUGGUGACGCGACUCCACCGAAUCGACGGGAAGCUAAUGUUAGCCGAUGCGCUAACGUUACUUGAUAGAUUAAUCAUUUCAGCAGAGCUUUGCAGACCUAUUUCAGGAUUUUAAAAACUUUUUAAAGUGUUUUCGAUAGUUCAACAGUUUUGACAUGUUGUAUCGUGUUGUCUACUUUUAUACGAAAUAGAGCUUAUCUUUAGAUAACUGUUUGGCGUUAUCUUAGCUAAGUAUAUGAAACUAGCAAGUGUUAGCUGCCUAGCUGGCUAGAAGCUAACGUUGGCUAGCGGUCGACUCGUAACUGAUUUCAAGCCAAAGAACUCUGCUUCAAAUUAGCUAAUGCUAGCCAGGCUACAACUGUUUCCACGUCACCUAACUAUAUCAUCGCAUAUGUACCUGUUAGGUAAUGUUAUGUUCGAGGCGUUGAACUAUAUUUUCGAGGAUGGCCGUUUGUUUUGAUAAGCAAAGAUAGACACUUUACUUCCAAAUCCAGAUAUGCAAUCAUCGAAUCGCCAGCUUACUUAAUGCUAGCUUGCUAACGUUGAGUUAGCCGGCCAAACUUGGAAUACUGCCCCCUGCUCACUUUAUGUGGGUUUCGCUUUGAGGCCUUUAGGAUAUUAUCCCUUUUUUUCACCGAUAAGACUUUUCACAGCCUUAAUGCAUCCCAGCCUCUGAAUGGAAUUUCGAUCCUCUGGAUGACUCUGGAUAUUUGUGAAGCUUGACACAUAAAUUGGAGUAACUUACUUGGCCUUUGUUGACGUUUACUUGGAAAUCGUAAACUAACGUGGAUUACAACGGUGUUUGGAAUAACGGUGUGCUUCAAAGAUGAUGUGCGAGGUGAUGCCCACCAUCAGUGAGGCUGAAGGGCCCGGCGGGGGAGGCGGCAGCGGUCGUCGAGGCUCUGGCUCCCCUCUUCAGUCAGACUCAGAAGGCCACUUUGAGUCGCUGAUGGUGUCCAUGCUGGAGGAGAGGGAUCGUCUUCUUGACACCCUGAGAGAGACUCAGGAGAAUCUGGGCUUGACCCAGGGCAAACUGCAUGAAGUUAGCCAUGAAAGGGACUCCCUGCAGAGACAACUUAACACUGCUUUGCCACAGGAGUUUGCUGCACUAACAAAGGAAGUGAACGUGUGUCGGGAGCAGCUUCUGGAGAAGGAGGAGGAGAUAGCAGAACUGAAAGCUGAGAGAAACAACACACGGCUCCUGUUGGAGCACUUGGAGUGCCUGGUGUCUCGCCACGAGCGUAGUCUGCGGAUGACAGUGGUGAAGAGACAGGCUCAGUCUCCAGCAGGAGUCUCGAGUGAAGUGGAGGUCCUCAAAGCCCUUAAGUCACUUUUCGAACACCACAAAGCCCUCGAUGAGAAGGUGAGGGAGAGACUUCGCGUCGCCUUGGAAAGAUGCAGCGCGUUGGAGGAACAGCUCACCAUCUCACACAAAGAAUUGGCUUACCUCAGGGAGCAGAACAGCCAGAAGAGAGGGCUGGCAGAUGGAACGAGCGAGGUCAACCACAACUCUGAAAACACGCCAAGCACUAAUGGCAAGCGGUCAUCGGACGGUUCGCUGAGUCAGGAGGAGGACUCGGGGCCCGUGUUCGGAAAGGUCGGCGAGCUCCAGGAGGUGGUGGAUCGUCAGACGGCUGAUCUGGGCCAGAUGAAGGAGCGCAUGGCUGCUAUGGUUUCACGCAUUAGUGAGCUGGAGGAGGACCUGGACACGGCCCGAAAGGACCUCAUCAAGUCUGAAGACAUGAACACGCGGCUACAGAGAGACCUGAGAGAGUCAAUGGCUCAGAAGGACGACAUGGAGGAGAGGAUCACCACCCUGGAGAAGCGAUACCUGGCAGCUCAGCGGGAGGCCACCUCCGUCCACGACCUUAACGACAAGCUGGAGAAUGAAGUGGCCAACAAGGAGUCCCUCUUCAGACAGACUGAGGACAGAAACCGGCAACUCCAAGAGAAGCUGGAGCUGGCUGAGCAGAAGCUGCAGCAGACCAUCCGCAAAGCAGAGACUCUGCCCGAGGUGGAAGCAGAGCUAGCCCAGAGGGUAGCUGCCCUCACAAAGGCGGAGGAACGCCAUGGCAAUGUGGAGGAGAGACUGAGGCAGCUGGAGGCCCAACUGGAGGAGAAGAACCAGGAGCUGCUCAGGGCACGACAGCGAGAGAAAAUGAAUGAGGAGCACAAUAAGCGUCUGUCUGAGACAGUGGACAAGCUGCUUUCAGAGUCCAACGAGAGACUCCAGCUUCACCUCAAAGAGAGGAUGUCUGCUCUGGAGGAUAAGAAUGCCCUGAUACGAGAACUGGAUCACACCAAGAAGUUGAUUGAGGAGUCUCACCACGAGAAGGAGCAGCUCCUGAUCCAGAUUGAGACCAUGAGGGCAGAGAAUGAGCAGGGAAGGAGCAGGAGCAACUCCUUACUACACGGACGGUCCCAGUUGGGCAGCACUCCAGAUUUCAGGUAUCCAGUGUCAGCUUCCUCAAUGAUGGACAGCAACUCAGACCAUUACGGCAGUGCUCUUGUGCUGCGGCGGCCUCAAAAAGGACGGAUGGCUGCGCUCCGGGACGAGCCGUCCAAGGUGCAGACUUUGAAUGAGCAGGAGUGGGAGCGCAUGCAGCAGGCCAACGUGCUGGCAAAUGUGGCCCAGGCCUUUGAGAGUGACAUGGAUGCUUCAGACCUGGAGGAGGACAGAGAGACAAUUUUCAGCUCGGUGGACCUGCUGUCCCCUGCUGGCCAGGCUGACGCACAGACCCUCGCCUUAAUGCUGCAGGAACAGCUGGAUGCCAUCAACAAUGAAAUUAGAAUGAUCCAGGAGGAGAAGGAGAACACCGCCAUCCGGGCAGAGGAGAUUGAAUGCCGGGUGGGCAGCGGCGAUAGCCUGGGAGGACGUUUCCGCUCAAUGAGCUCCAUCCCUCCGUCUCUCUGUGCGGGCUCCUCGUUGGGCGGUUCACCCCCAGGCUCUGGCCACUCCACCCCCAGACGCAUUCCCCGCAGCCCCAACAGAGAACUGGACCGAAUGGGUGUCAUGACUUUGUCUGCUCAGGAUGACAAGGCUACUAUCCGGUGUGAGACGUCACCCCCCACCACUCCACGUUCCAUGCGCCUAAACAGGGAGGCCGGGCAUACUGCGAGCCACGAGGACAUCAGAGACAUUCGAGGUCUUGCUGGCUUGCAGGACGGCCAGGGAAGCAACCCCAGCAGUAGUAACAGCAGCCAGGACUCCCUCAACAAAGCUGCCAAGAAGAAGAGUAUUAAGUCUUCCAUUGGACGCCUCUUUGGGAAGAAGGAGAAAGGCCGACCCAGCAUUCCUGGCAAGGACUCCCCCAGUCAAGCUGGCACUCCUGAGGCAGAGAGCUCUCCUAAGGAUGGCUUAGGAAUGGGCACCCUGGGGGGCCCUGCAGAGAAGAACAGGAAGCUGCAGAAGAAUCCAAAGACCGGGCAUGAAUUACUGGAGGAGGCUCGCAGGCAGGGCCUGCCAUUCGCCCAGUGGGACGGACCAACUGUUGUGGUUUGGCUGGAGCUGUGGGUGGGCAUGCCAGCCUGGUACGUGGCUGCGUGCCGUGCCAAUGUGAAGAGCGGAGCCAUUAUGUCAGCGCUAUCAGACACAGAGAUCCAAAGGGAGAUUGGUAUCAGCAACCCGUUACAUCGUCUGAAACUUCGCCUGGCCAUCCAGGAAAUCAUGUCUCUCACCAGCCCCUCCGCCCCGCCAACCUCAAGAACGACCACAGGAAACGUUUGGGUCACACACGAAGAAAUGGAAAGUUUGGCAGCUACACCCCCCACGGAGGAUGACGAGGGCAGCUGGGCCCAGACGCUGGCGUAUGGAGACAUGAACCACGAGUGGAUUGGUAACGAGUGGCUGCCCAGCCUGGGUUUGCCGCAGUACCGCUCCUACUUCAUGGAGUCCCUGGUGGACGCCCGAAUGCUUGACCACCUCACCAAGAAGGACCUGAGGGGACAGCUGAAAAUGGUGGAUAGCUUCCACAGGAACAGUUUUCAGUGUGGAGUGAUGUGUCUGAGGAGGCUCAACUAUGACAGGAAGGAGCUGGAGAGGAGAAGGGAAGAGUCUCAGCUGGAGCUUCAAGAAGUGUUGGUGUGGAGUAACGAGCGUGUGAUCAGCUGGGUUCAGGCCAUCGGGCUGAAGGAGUACAGUGGUAACCUUUAUGAGAGCGGAGUCCACGGAGCGCUGCUCGCCCUGGACGAAACCUUCGAUCACAACGCCCUGGCCCUGCUGCUGCAGAUCCCCACACAGAACACACAGGCCAGAACAACUCUUGAGCGUGAAUACAACAGUCUGCUGGCCAUUGGCACAGACAGGAGAAUAGAAGAGGACGACGAUAAGAACUUCCGCCGGGCUCCCUCAUGGAGAAAGAAGUUCAGGCCCAAAGACAUGAGGGGGAUGUCGUUGGGGGCGUCGGACACCCUGCCCGCCAACUUCCGAGUGACCAGCAGCAGCGCGGCGUCUCCCUCCACGCAGCCAAAGAGGAGCCCGAUGGACGGUAACCACUGGUCAGAGGAUGAAGGGGAAUUCCCUGCAUUCAAGACUAGGAUGAUGAACUGAAAUGACUUGCAAGGACACUAAAAAGAUGAAAAGACCUUACUCACCAGUCUCAGUAUCCGUAGAGGAAACUUUCUAGAUUUAUCUACAUUUGUUAUUAUAUUUAUGUAAACCAAUGGGACGUUUUAAUUGAUUUUAGAAUUACCAUGUAAUCCUUUUUGCCUCUAUCCCCUUAAUCAACCCACUUUUUAAAGAAGAAACGUUUCUCCACUGUGCCCAUGUUAAGCUCAGCUCUCAGAUGUAUGUAACUGAAUGUUCCAACUGUCUGGAGUUUGUAUAUUUCUACCAACAGACAUUUUAUCUAAUCUUUUUUAUAUAAUCCUGAUUCUAUUGACCAGAUGUAUGUUUUUUUUUUCCUCCUCUCUUUGAUUUGAAUUCUAAUCAUUGAAUUUAUGCUCAAGUGACUUUGAUAUUUGAUAUAACUUAAUUCAUAUCCUUUGCCCUUUUUAACUGUUGUAAUUUUUGUAGCUUAUUUCCUGUGAUUUUGUGUAAAUGCAGCUCUUAGGUCAACAGAUGUGUGAAUAUCAGACAAAUUGCUGGAGUUGUCCGACUGUUUCACAAACUGCUCAACACUGUGAGUCAUCAUCACCGUUAAAAUAACUGCUGGCAAGCCAGGUGAUGGUGGCGACAGAUAUCAUGUGAAACACACAGUAUAUUUUCCUUUUCUCUCUCGUUUCUCUUCUUUCUUUUUUGUUCCAUACCUGCGAAACCAAAAUGAAACUCUUGAAUUUAAGAAUUAAAGCCAUAUAACAGUAGCAAAACAACACAGAGGGCUUCUUUUGGAUGCAAGUGAAAACUGAAUUUGAAGUUCUCUCCAGUUCCUCGCAUGCAGAAACUUCUCCCCUCCCUACCACACCCGACCCCCACACCCAGCUCGCCCCUUAAAUAAAAACACCCCCCCCCCUCCCCUGUGGAGAAACGCACAGACAAGGCUCGCGUGUACAGGAGGACUUGAAACGUACGGACGAGUCGAAAGUGCGGAAACUCCUUCGAUGGACCAACUUCACUGAGGCCUCAGUCGAUCCCCGCCGUGACUAGACGACCCUCAAGGCGGUGCGAUCCACCCACAAACCUUUUUUAAAAACACUUUGUACGGAUUUCAUAUCAAGCCUUAUUGUUUCUUAACCCCUCUCUGUCGUCUGUUCUUAUUUAUUACUACUCAUCUGCGUUGUUUAGUCGGUUGUGCUUUCAUAGCUGAAGCCCCAGUUUGCUCCUCUGAAUGUAGCAAAGCUCCCCGCCUCUACGUUUGUCCCGUCUGUGCUCCCAACACAGGUUCCACCGUUAGUUUUCACGGCCAAUGAGAAGGAACCAACGAGUUUUCUUUCACCCUUCAUGUAGUUCAGAUUAAAGUAGAGAUGCUUUU